UGAUCUCGUCCUACUAAAACUGCUAUUCGUGCUAAACUGAAAUCAGUCAGCUGAAAAUUUCGUUUAAGGUCAGUCGAUUCUGUGAACUGUUGGAUGUAAAAAUCAAUGUCCCACGGUCUUUCUUCAGCCUCUUGAUGCAUCUCCUUUCUUGAGCCGCCAGCCGGUGGCGUUCCCGCAUCGCCUCCCUGGAACCACUCCCCACCACCGGCCUCUGUCGCCCCAGCCGUCCGCCCCCUCGCACCACUGCCAUUCCCAACCCAGUGAUGGCGAGCCCCUUCCUUCUCUCCAGCGAGGUCCUCCCUUCUAAUGUGUGCCAAACUGAUUCGUGAUACAGUUCAAAUCGACUAUUCUCAUCAACUUCGAGUCUCUUCCCUCUGGUAUGACUGUCAUCAGCUCCUCUAUAAGAAGAGCUCAUCUUGAGUGUGAUUCGGAUCAAAACAAAUGGACGGAGCCUCGUUUUGCCGAAGCAAGUGUAGGCUGCACAAUGUCUUGAGCACUUGUUGCUUAACUCGCUGUACCCUGUGAGCAUCUGUCGAUUAGCAAUUGCCCUCUAGUUAUUGAUUAUACCCCGUGGAAGCCCGAAGCAUGACUCGAGUUGGAUUAGUCACAAUCUGUCACCUCCGUCUGACAUCAUCCCUUCCCGAUUGCGAAUUUCUCAAUGCGUAAUCAGUCUCUUCGCCAUCCACGCAACCUCGCCGUCGUCGACCAAAUCAGCAGCCUCGCGUGCCCACGACCAGGUCCAUGUCCAACGCAGCAGAAGCAGGCGCUCCAUUUCCUUCUCUAGCCAAGUAGCAGACGCCGCGCUCCCAUUCCUUCUCCCUCGGCAAGCACCACGCCGGUGCACCUGAUCCCAGAGCGCAGCCAUGUCCUCCCUGUACAAGCAGCUGGGCCUGGGCGCCGCCGGCUCGCCGCUCACGGCCUCCCACCUCCUCAUGCUCGUCCUCGGCGCCGGCUUCCUCGCCUUCACCGUCUUCGUCGUCCACCCCAACGACUUCCGCCUCCAGUCCUUCUUCUCCGGCGGCUGCCCCGGCUCCCCGCCCCACGACGCCGUCCUCUUGCCGGUCAAGCACGCCGACGCCACCACGCCGGCCAAGGCGCCGGUCGAGCACCCCGGCGUGCGCGUGCUGAUCGGCAUCCAGACGAUGCCGGGCAAGUACGAGCGGCGGCACCUGCUGCGGACCGUCUACGCGCUGCAGCUGCAGGAGCACCCCGCCCUCGCCGGCGCCGUGGACGUGCGCUUCGUCUUCUGCAACGUCACCUCCGCCGUCGACGCCGUGCUGGUGGCCCUGGAGAUCAUGCGCUACGGCGACAUCAUCGUGCUGAACUGCGCCGAGAACAUGGACGGCGGCAAGACGUACGACUUCUUCGCCACCGCCGCGCGCGCCUUCCCCGACGGCGCCUACGACUACGUGAUGAAGGCCGACGACGACACGUACCUGCGGCUCCCGGCGCUGGCGGCGUGGAUGGCCGGCGCGGCGCGGGAGGACGCGUACCUGGGCCUACAGAUGCCCUGCGACCGCGAGAACUUCUACCCGUUCCCGCCCUUCAUGUCCGGCAUGGGGUACGCGCUGUCGUGGGACCUGGUGCGCUGGGUGGCGCGGUCGGAGGUCAGCCGCCGCGACCGCGUCGGGCCGGAGGACAUGUGGACGGGGCGGUGGCUCAACGUCGCCGGCAAGGCCAAGAACCGGUACGACGGCGCCCCCAGGAUGUACAACUACCUGGGGAGCUCCCCGGCCAACUGCUUCCGGCACGGCUUCCGCCCGGACACCAUCGCCGUGCACAUGCUCAAGGACGCCGGCCGGUGGGCGGAGACGCUCGCCUAUUUCAACGCCACCGCCGCGCUGCCGCCGUCCGGCCUCUACCACCUGCCUUGAAACGGUCCUCGUUUUGCUUCUUGGCUCGACCCGGUCGGCAGUGUGCGUUGAAUUUGUGCGGGUGGUUGUGGUUGUUGGAUAAGAAGAGGAUAAUUUGACACGUCCAUUUGUACGUCAUACAUUGAUACAUACAUUCAUGGUGUCUGUCCA